AUGGAGAACGCCUAUUCAAAGUCCCUGGAUGCGCAGAUUCUCUUUUGGAAUCAGUUCAAUAUUCCAGAAAAGGUAAAGGGCAUCAAGGAGAGUCUCGAAACGAUCUCCAAAUCUCAAGAAUCGAGUGUGAAAUCCAGAAAGGAGUUAGCAACAAAAACGAAAGAGUUGCGCUCUGUGGCAGCAGGAGAGAGAAUGACGUUCAUGAAGGGUUUGUUGAAGUCGUACCAGGAAGAAAUCGAUCACUUAACGAUCCGCUCCCAGUUCGCUGAAAACCUCAUGUCCGUGUAUUACUCCGAUCUUUCAUCGCUGGUUGACCCGAGCCAGCUCUUACAAGAGUCCAAAACCAUUUACACGCAGUACGUGGAAGCUAUCACCGAAUCAGAACGUCUGGAUGCUUUAAACAGCGAAAUGCGACAACAAGUGAUGCAGCUGCAGUCUGCAAACAAGCAGAAAUCGUCCACCGAGAGCGAGAACAGCUCGCUUCGCAAGGAAAUCGCUCGUCUGAAAGAGCUCAACGACUCCCUCGAAGACGAGCUGAAGCACAAAGACGACGAAUUGAAAUCGCUCGGCGAGUCGCUCGCUUCCUUGUCUUCCACCCACGAAGAAAACGUCCGCCUCCAGCUCCAAAUCGCGACGCUUGUCUCGAUUGAAUGCACCGUUUGA